GAGACCCGAUGUGAAGAGGCCGCCAUGGAGACCCGAGUGCAGGCAAGGCACCCGCGGGACGCCUCCCUCUGACCACCAUGGCCCCAGUGCUUCCCGAGCGGCCCUCGAAACUCAAGGCAAACUUUAUCCAAUCCAGAAACAAAAUUUCAUGGUGAAAGCCGAGUCGCUCGAAGGCAAACUUGAGGAGAGAGGAAAAAAAAAGAAAGGGGGGCAUUACUAUGAAAUCCUCUCGCGACAUCGGGAAGAGGCAGACGCGCCGCCCAGGGAACAGAUGGGAGGCUGUGUGUGAGUAAGAGCGCCCCCCCCCCCCCAUAAACCACCUGAGGAUCCCGUCACCGUCAGGAUGGUGGACCUGGGCGGGUAUGUCAUCAUUCUGGUGGAGACGAAGGACAAGAAGAUCAAACUCUAUGGUUCGCCGGCAGACAAAGCUGACCUCGAGGUCGGCGAUGAGAUCCUUGAGGUCAACGGGAAGAGCCUGGAAGACGCCACCCACACGGAGGUCAUCUCUCACAUACACCAGUGCAUAAGAUCAAGAACAAUAUGUCUCCGUGUGAAGAGAAGAACAGGAAACAAAUUAGCUGUGGACUUGGCCGCGAGUUCGAACGUCCAGGAUGCGUUCGUCAUCGCCGUGGAACAGCAAGCCAGGGAGCGGCUCGAACGGCUCUCAGCUCUCAAGAAGAUCAAGCCGGUGGACAUGACCAAGCUCUCGUCGCAGUUGGAGCCCCACAAGAGUUUGGUGAGCGUCAACAGCAGCGGCGGGCAGCCGAGCCCCGGCGGCCGCUCCACGGGCCUCCCCGUCGCCAAGGAGCAGCAGCAGCAGCAGCAGCCGCGAGACGACGUCAACGGCGUCCUCGACAACUCCCCGAUCUACGUGACCAGCGUCCCCAACCUCACCUCCGAGCUCCCCCGUGACCGGUCGCGCUCCCGCUCCUCCACGCCCAACCGCACCUCCCCCAGCCCGCGGCGCCACCACUCCACGCGGAGCUCGCGGGACACGCCGCCCUCGCCCCUCACGCCCAGCCCGCGGCGGGAGGCGCCCACGCUAAAGGACAAGGGCGUGGACAGCUCGAGCGCGGAGCGUAGCUCUCGGCGCUCCAGCAGGAGGAAGAGCCCGGCGCGCCUGGCGAACGGCCACCACGGCGCCGAGGCCGAGGCGGACGCCAACAAGAGCGGCGACGAGCUCGAGCUCACGCACGACCUCAACGACACGCUCGACGACACAGAGGACCUCGACCAGGACCCUCCCGAGGCCCUGCUCGACCGCACCGACUCCGAGGACAAGGUUGACCUCGAGGGCACGUGCCUGAGCGAGAGCGGAGACUCCCUGCCGGGGACCCCCGAGAAGGCCUACGGCAUCGUCCGGUCCGAGUCCAAGCGGUCCCGCAGCAGCCGGCGCGACCGCGGCGCCCAGAGGGAGGUGCUGCUCGACCACGACCCGCAGCAGGAGGUGCGCGCCAAGACGCCGCUGCACGCCGUCAGCAGCAUCGAAAGUCGCGACAGCACAAGGUAA